CCGCAGUUUCAUGAAUAUCACUUAACCUAUUCAAUGAGUCCUUCCAGAGUCGAAUCAAAUUCAAUGUAUUUUCUGUGUGUCUAAAUGUCUAUCCAGCCAUACCAAUACCAUGACACUUCCAUUGUGCUUCAAGACCUCAAGUGUGGGCAUUUUAGUGCCGGUCUAGUCACAUAAUCGUGAAUAUCUGACGAUGAAUUACUAUUCCCAACUGCCUUAAUCUAUUUCUGCCAUAGCUUGAAGCCUUUGAGAUGGCCUCAUCCAGCAGUGUUGGUGGUCCAGCCUGCACCUCAGCGGAAACAUCUGAAGAAGCCAUGAGGAGGUUCAAGUUCUACGCUCAGAGAAAAUUUGCUCAAGGAAUGUCAUCGCCUUCAAUAACAAGUGAAGAGAUGGCUAAAACCAAUGAUAGCUCAACUGCCACUAAUUCCAAAGCUGCACCAUUAUCAUCGGAGGAAGUUCCAGAAGCAACACAUGUGUUACCAGUCAAAAGGCCAAACACAGAGGAUUUUUUAACAUUCCUUUGUUUUCGAAGAACAAGUAUUUUACCCCCGAGUUUAGAUUUUUUCAAUACUGCCUGUACCUAUGAGACUGAUUCCCCCUCAAUCAAUGAUGAUAAGACUUCUAAUCAUAGCACUAGUAGAAACCCAUCGAUUUCUAACUGCCCAACCAAGCAGGGUCCUGUUGCAAUGACAAAAAAAUCCCUAAAAUCAGGAAAGCAAUCUGCUAAGAACACCAUCGAACGGCGAAAAUUAGCCCAGAAAGUUAAAGUCAAACAUUUGAAAACUGCUAAUGUGAAUAUUCGUUUAAAAAAAUGGAUGCUGAAGAAAGAUAAAAAAUUGAAGGAAUUAAAAAAAUCAAAUGCACAACAAAGCAAAUCAAAGAAAAAGAGUAAUGAAGCUAUUCAAAAUAAAGAAAAUGCCAAGGCAAAUAAUUGGAAACAAAAGAAAAAUCAAAUUUUGGUGAAACAAAUCACCAAGACCAAGAAAGGAGUACAUUUUAAUUCUUCCACAAAGAAAAAAUCCCUAAGUUUGCGGAAAGGCUUGCGUAGCAGUGGUAGUUUAUCAAGUAUCUUGGAAAAUUCAGCAAUCAAAGGAAAACCGCUUUUAAUGCUUCGAAGAAAUAGAUCUAAAAUUAUCAAAGCUGAAGAAAAAAUUCUCCAUAAGAAGAAAUGUAUGAGGAAAGAUGACAUAUCGGCAGAUUCUCCACCAAGCAAAAAAUCACGCCUCACGGAAACCCAGCCAGAAAAUACAGCUGUUGAAAAUGCAAAAGUGUCAUCUUCUCAUGUAUCUUCUCGCCCAUCUCGAAAAACAAAAGAAGCUGCUGCCUUAUUCAUGGAAAUGCUCGGAAAAGAAUUUCGCUGUCCAAACCAAAGCAAGAAGAAAAAAGAUGAUGACACAAUGUCUGUCGAAAGUUUUCCAGAACUUCCUUCAGCUAAAGAAAAUGAGCAAAUCGAAAAAGAAAUAAAGGAGCAAGCCAAGAAGGUAUUACUCACUUCUAAAAAACCUCUCAUGAAAAUUUCAACAUCUUCAAGCCAGAAGAAAAAAAAUGGAAACCUCAGGUCUCAGAAAGUUGAAACUCGCUCAAAGACUCUUCAUAGAAAUACUUUGUCAGUUGCAAAGAAGAAAAACCUUGCAAAAAUGAAGAAACAAUCAAAACCUCUAGGUUCAAAAAACAAAGGCAUGGUGAGGACCUUGUCUUUAAGAACAAAAGUAAUAUCCAAGGCCAAGAAAGCAGGAAAAAAACCAGCAAAAUCUGGUUUGAGGCAACGCACUGCAAGCCUGGACGAUAUUGUCUCAGAUGCAUGUAAACUUGAACAGAACAAGAGCACUUCAAAACCGUUCAAACCUCUUCUAACAUGGCAUGAAACUUUCCUUAAGUCAGUUGCAGAAACGGUCAAAGGUGGCCGUCGAUCAACAUCAAGAAUGAGUGAAAGUGCUGACUCAGUGGGUGCUAAGCAAGUGCAUGGCUCCUCCGAAUUCAGAGUUGAAAAGCAAAUUAAUGACAAAACAAUUGAAAAGACCUCAAAAAUAUUUAGCAAAGCAAAGACACCUGUUGGAGAAGAAGAAAAAGCAGUUUCAACUGAUAAUAAAGAAAAACUUAAAUCUUCAGCUCAGGAGGCAAAAAAGGCAAAAAAUAUAUCAAAGGUCAAAGAAACAUCUCAAGACAGCAACGACAGGUCCCAGUUGUUGGUUCCAGACAUGAAGAAGGUAUCUGAAGCAUCCAAGAGUAAAACAAAAUCCAGAGUUGAGGAAAAAGUUUCCAAGACUGAAAUAAUUUUAAAUGAACCUAGAAAAAUAGGAACAAGAAGAUCCGCUGACUCUCAUACAAAGGGUUUGAAGAACUGUCAUAUCACUUCAAAAAGUGUUAAUUUGUCUGUUCAAUCAGACAAAAAGAAACCAGUCAUAAAUAAUCCCCCUACAAAGUCCAAUGAUGCAGCUGAAAAAUCAAAAUUUGUAACAAGAACACAAAAAAUCAAAGAUUUAAAAGCAGAAGUUGCACUGAAGCCCAAUGAAGCUUUGAAGCCUGUCACAAGAAAUCAUCCUUUGAUAAUAAGUGCUACAACCAGAGCCACCCGUCUUUCUAAUUCUGCCACCAAAUUAGAUGAUAUACAUGCAGGAAGUGUCAACCCAGUCAAAUCAAAAAAAUCAACUGACGAAAUUGUUAAAAAGAGAGAGCUUCGAAACUCAGUGGAUUCAGAUGGACCUAUGAAAUGUAAAGUUGUUGCAGAUAAGACCCAUUGUUCUGUCAAUAAUCAGAAGAGUUUACCCUCCACAGAAACUUCGAAGUUGAAGGAAAAUUCUGUAGCAGGCAAAAAACCUAUUUCUUCAAUCACUAAUAAAUCGAACAUUUCAGCUCUGGGACAGAAAUCAAGCACUUAUUCCACUGUUGGAAAAAAACCAAUUUCUAAAAUCUUGGAAGCGUUAGAAUCGUCUGAAGAUCCUCCUGUGAGAAAAAGCAAAGAGGAAAACGAAGAGUCUGAAAGCUCUGAAAAGCCUUUUUUUAGAGAUCCAAAUAAUCCAGCAAAUGAAAAUACAUUUCAAAGGCCAGUCAAAGCACUCAACAAGUUAAUAAGAAAAAAAGUUUUGAAGUCAAAAGUCUGUCUCAAGAACAAGAGUUUAAAAAAAAAGUUGUUAGAAAAUGGAAUAGCUUCGGCAAAAAAUGAAGCAAAUGUCCUGCAUGGAAUAACUUCUGAGCCUAUUGCUGUAGUGAAAUCUUCUCGUAAAAAUUCAAAAAAGAAAGGAACUCCGAAAAAGCGUCUUUCGGGAAUCCCGAAUGCAGCCUUGAAUCAAGACACGCCAAAAAGUGUUGAAAUCUGCACUUUAAAAUCGUAUGAUGAUCUGUUCAAUGAAAUGGCGGCAAAUUUUAGUUCCUGUCUACCAGAAAAUCCUAUUCCAUCUCUUCCUAAUGAUAAAUUUCCUGUAGAUGUAGAUGUUGAUUUAGAUGAAAAUGUCAAAGGAUUUGAAGGGAAGAAGUUAUUUUCAUUUGAUCCCAUUCUUGAUUAUAAAUUGCUUGCCUCAAAUAUAAACAAAGAGAAUGAAUCUAAAAUCUCUGUUGUAACGGAAUCUAAUGUUUUGCCACAAAAUUCUGACAAAGAUUUUUUACAUCUGUCCAUCUCGAGUAUGAAAGACAAAGAUUGCAAAAAGAAGAUUGGCAUUAGCUGUUCAUCGGGCUGUGAUAUUUUAGAAAUAAAUGCCGAUCAGACCAAUGCUAUGAAAAAAGACGAUAAUAGAGAAAACUUGAAGCAAGAUUUGACAGAGAAUAAAAAAUUAAAAAUCGAUGUUAAAAAUAGCAGAGAGAAAUGUAUCAUUGAAAGAGGAGGUGUUCAAGAUCCCGUACUGAAUUUGAACGUUUUUAAUCAAAAUGAAAGUGACGAUUGUAAUGAAUCAAAUUCUACAAAAGAUGUGAGCCUUAAAAAAGAUUUCUCUGCUGCUCCAAAUACUUCUACCACAGUGACUAUUCUGCACAAAUCAGAUCUUUUAGAUUCAAAUGCUGUCCCAAAACUAAAAUGUAAUAAAAAUCCAGCCCAUUUGAACGAUUUGAAAAUUCAAAAUUUGAAAAAUCAAAAUGAAUUAAGGGAUGGCACAAAAGAAAAAAUUUCAACCUUUCGCUUUCAAAGUAAAACUGAAAGCAAGCUUAACGAUCCAGAAAGUGCAAAAGAAAACAGUGUAAUCAAAUCCCAAGAAAUAUCGCAAUCUCCCACUUUAAAUAUUUCUUUGAGAUCAAAAAAAAGUCUUGUGAAGUCGGGUGAUCAUGUUUUAGAGAGCGGAAGCACAAAGAAAAGUACAAAUUCUGUUUUUUGUAAUAAUGAUAUAGCUCAAAGCAGAAGCAACAAUGAACCUGUGUCAUCUCUGGUCCCAUCAACUAAAAGAAGCACGAAUAUUGUUGGCAAGUUUCAAAAGCAAUCUAGUUCGGAUUCCCAUGUGAAUAUGGAUGAAAAGUGUGUUGAAAUGAAUUUAAAUUUUUCUUCCGGUGAUUCCUCAACAAUAGUCAACACAAGCACCUCUAACAAAAUAGAAAAAUCUGUUAAUGUCUCUAAAGGGCAGCCGAACGAAAGCAUCUGUGAUAAUAAAAUGCAAAAUAGUUCUACUUCUAAGAUUUUUUCAAAAGAACGCAACUCGAACAUUGCUGGGAAAACGCUAACUAGAUCGCUUAGUAGCGCUUCCUCUCUGCUGAAAAUGAACUCCGAAACAAUUUCUUCUAAAUCAACCUCGGAGAUCAUUUCAACUGAAGAUAACAAGAAAACUGGUGCCAGAGUUGAAAAGCAAUCUAUGAAUCUUAAAAGCUCUCUGUCGAAAGUUGGCGCUGGUGGCUCUGAAAAUAGCUCCAUCCCCACAGCCUCAUUAAAAGCAAAUAAUACAACCGUAAUUGAGAAAGGUUUAAAAACAUCCGCAGAUGUUUCAAAAGUACAGCUAAAUCAGUGUGUUAAAGUCUGUGUUGUGGAUGUACUAAAAGGAAAAGGACGAAUAUCACAGGCUGAACUAAAAUCAGUCAUUAACCAACCAAUCAAAAAGCCUGGCGUCACACCAGAAUAUCCGCCAUCUGAAAAUUUAGUAAUAAAGAAACAAGCCUCUUCCAACAACUCAAGAACAUCGGAAAAAUGCUGGAAACGAUUACCUGAGGCUGUCAUUAGUAUCCCAAAGAUUGCCAUGGAUAAAAAUGCUUGGAUUGCAAAGCAUACUGUAAAUCCUCCAACUUGCAAGGAGAGUGAAAUGAAUCCUGACUGUUUGCAUCUGAAUGAAGCAAUCAGAAAUUCAUCAAAACCGACCAGGAAGUCAGCAAAGGAACCUGGUUCAAAAGUAUUGCUGCCUUCAGAAACCAUAAACUCAUCAAAUUGCAGGGCCAAUGGAGACUCAACGGUUUUUAAACCGGAGACGGAGACAGACAAAAUUUAUGAAUUUGACAAUGAAGUUUCAAUCCCCAAAGAAUCUUACAAAGACUUUGUCAGAACUGUUAAGAAGUCAGAUGGUAAGAAAAUUUCUGACAACAUGCCUCCUUCUGAAGCAGAAUCUGUCAUCAAAAAUGUAGAAGUGCCAUCUAGCCGCGCCGGAUCUCAUUUGAUUAUUCCUGUUUGUGUGCAAAAAGUUCUCUCCAAACCAACUUACAGAGAGUUAAAAAGACCCUCGCAUACUUUACCAGCAAAAGAAAAAGAAAAGAAAACACGCACAGAUUUCAGCUCUAAAAAUCAAGUUUAUUGUGACCAAGAAUCAAACCAUAUCUUGACAGAAGGAGAUGGAAGUCUUAGUUCUCCCGUAGACUUUCCUGCCUCUGCGAAAGAAAAAUUUAGUAGUGCCAUCAAUGACAAACGUGCGGAGGAUAAACUAAAUAUAAAAUCAGUCAUUAAUACAAAUCAGAAGAAGCUCAUCUUAAAUGUCCCAAAGUUACCGUUCAAUUUAAAAAACGUUAACAUGAAGUGUCCACCAAAUGCAAUCCACUCAGCUCAAAAUAAUGAUAAACCAAAAACCAUUCAAAAUAUCAACGAGACAAGCGACAUAGCAAGCUCUAGCUUCAAAAUUAUGACCGAUAGAAAUCACUUCAGUUCCCUCAAAUCUUCCACCCAAAGUUCUGAGAACAGUAAUCCCAUUAAAAAUACAGAUAAUGAGUCAACUGCAGUAAAAAUCAAAUCAUAUAAGAAUGACAAUCCUGAGAUUAUUCAUCCAAAUCUCAAAAACCGAAAUACCAAAGGAGUCCUCUUAGCGAAAAGACCAUUUCAAUCAACUAUAGAUGAAAGCAUUCUCAACCCAGGGAGUCCAAAAUCAGAUGCAUUGGCCAAGCCUGCUGGCGAAUUAUCACAAGCAAUGAAGGGUGAACGUAAAGAUAUAACCAAAUCUCAAAUGAAUGCUCUUGUUAGUGAGCGAACAAGGAAAUUAAUCAUUGAGAGCGCUGUAUGGAAUAAAAAAAAUAAAGUUGAAAGUUUUUCUGCAGAAAAACAAACUUCUGAAAAAGAAUCGAUCACAAAUCAGGAGUUGAUUUCUUCAUCAAAGAAGGAUAGAGCACCAUCAGAAUUUCACUCCAAUGCUAUUAAGCCUGGAUCUUUGAAUAGUUCAAAAAACGAAUCAAUCAUUCCCAAACCCCAGUCUUCCGAUAUUGUAAAAUUUAAAACUUUAAGUUCUCUUAGUUGUAUAUCUUCCGGAGAACCCGAACUUCCAUUUCCUGUCACUGAUGAAUCUCAAAGCAUCAAAAGAAACGGAUCUCUCUCAACGAGUUCCAGGGAUUCUUUAGAAAAGUCUAAAGUUGGUCAACAAACAACAGCUGUUCAGGUGAAAAUGGAGGAGGAAGCCGUAAUAGAGUGUUCAAGUCAAACCAAUUUAGAUGAUGAGGGUGAGAGUGGAGGACAAGUGUUCUACAUUCCUUUACAGCAGCCAUCAUUGGAUUCAUCUGCUAUUCAAGGUGUUGCAGUCAAACUCGAUACAGAAGGUCCUAAUAAACGUGUAAUAAUGCGGGCUAAACUUGUCACACAACCACCGUCAGAAUUUUCUGUGCAAACUGAAGCAGUCAGCUCUGUCAUGCCUUUGCAAGCAGUUGCCCCGGAAAAACGGAAAGUAAGGCCAUUAGGGGCAAGUAGUGUAGAUAAAAGUGCUCCUGUGGGCACUGUAUUGCCCACUUCAAGAAAUGUGGUCACUGAUGAGAAUGUUGAAGGUGUUGACCAAGGAACUCCGUCACUUGCUGAUGGAAAAACCGAUGAACAUGUGAUAACAAGAUCAAAUAAAAAACUGGAGCUCUUCUCAGUGCAAACAUUGAAAACUAAAUGCCCAACACCAACUAACACUUCAUCAAAAAAGCCUACAUCAGCUAAGAGCCAUUCUUCAAAAAAAGAGGCAGAACAGAACAGCUCGGAGUCAGCAUCAGCCAAAAUGAAGCUCAGCGCUAAAGCAGUAAAUGACACUAAAAAAAAGAUGGAAAGAAAAAUGAGUACAUCAUCUUCUUCCAGUUCCUCUUCCAUUUCUUCCAAGUCUGCUAAAAGAUUGAAAGAAAAGAAUGAAGUAAACUCAGCCUGUGGUGGAAAAAUUUUGGAAGCACCUUGUUUCUAUCCCUCUGAAGAAGAACUUCAAGAUCCGUUAAAAUACAUCGAGAGCAUAAUGCCUCAAGCUGAAAAAUUUGGGAUUUGCAGAAUUGUACCACCAUCUAAUUUCAAACCGGAUUGCAAAGUCUCUGACGAUAUGAGAUUCACCGCUAACACACAACAUAUUCAUCGAAUGAUGAAUCGAUGGGGUGCGUCAAGCAAAGAAUUAUCAGCCAUUCGUAAGCAGCUUGCCGCUGAAAAUAUUCCUUUAAAAAGUCCUCCUUGUAUUGGUGGUAUUGAAUUAGAUUUGCCAGCUCUGUAUCAAAAAGUACAACAGUUGGGAGGUCUAGCCACGGUCGUUCAGUGCGACUACUGGCAUAAGGUAGCAGAGGCGCUAAAAAUUCCAAAAUCUCUCCAUGAUCGUUCUACUAAACUAUAUGAUAUUUACUGCAAAUAUUUGUUACCCUACGAUAAUCUGUCUGAAGAUGAGAGACGAAAACUAUUCAUAGCUGUUGAAAAAGAAUGGAAGCAUCACAAGUUUGGUGAAAAUGAUUUCUUUGAUGAUCUAGAUAAGUGCAUACUAAAAGGUCAGACAAUGGCGUUAAGUCAGUUUUACAGGAUCGCAAAAAAUUUGAUGGCUUUGUAUUUUGGCGGAGCUAGUGUGGAAAACGAGUCUGGGCCUGAUCCCAAGGAUGUUGAAAAGGCAUACUGGGAACUUGUCUCCACAGGCAAAUCUCAUGUUAAUGUUUACGCUGCCUCCAUUGAUUCAGGCCCCCAAGGCUUUGGGUUUCCAACAUCAUCAUCCAAAAAUUGUGCUUUUUCCAAACAUCCAUGCAAUUUAAAAGUCUUGACCCACAAUAUCCGUUCAGUUCUACGGUCAUUAGGACCCAUCACUGAUUUAACAAUACCCACUUUACAUGUAGGAAUGUUAUUCUCAACACUUUGCUGGUUUAGAGAUCCACAUGGACUACCCUGGAUUGAAUACCUUCACACUGGUGCUAGUAAAAUUUGGUACGGAAUUCCAGCGGAAAGUAACUCAAACUUCAGGAGAACAUUAUCUCGACUUUUACCAAGUAACAAACGAAGUGAUCAACCCGUUUGGUUACCAUCAGAUUCCAUAAUGAUUCCACCCAAUAUUCUUCUUGAAAACGGUGUCUCCGUUUGUCGCACUGUUCAGCAACCAGGACAGUUUGUCGUAGUUUUUCCAAGAUCGUUCACCUCAAGCAUUUCUACUGGAUACCUGCUAUCAGAGUCUGUGUUCUUUGCCUUACCAUCUUGGUUGAAUUUUGCCUCUGAAGUAUUUGAGGAUUUGAAAAGAAGUUGUGAACCAAGUGUAUUCUCAUUUGAACGUUUGCUCCACUGUAUUGUCACUGAUACCAGAUCUUCUGUCGAUCUAUUAAUUCAGGUGUCACCUCUUGUAAAUGAAAUGCGUGACCGUGAAGUUGCACUGCGGGCACAAUUGGAUUGUCUUGGCCUACAUACAAGUGAUAGAUUGAAAUUUUCAGCAACAACAGAAGAUACCUAUGAAUGUGAAAUUUGUUGCUCAAAUUUGUUCAUUUCUCAUGUUUUCAACACUCAAAAUGAAGAAGUCUACUGUUUGAGUCAUGCUGCAGAGCUUUUGUUAAAAAAGAAACAGUUGCUGAAGCAUCUCAAAUUGUUUUACAGGCAUUCUGAGCAAGAAAUGGAUGAGUUGGUAAAGAAGCUACUUGCUAGAAUAGAAGAAAAGAAUGUCAAAAAACUCUCAAAGAAGUAAAAAUAACCAUGAGGUUUGUAUCUGAAUUUCCAGAAGUUUGUGAGAAAUGCUUAUGAGUUGCAUUUAGCUUGAGUUUCUUCCUCUUUUCCCCCAAAUUUUACACGAUUUCGUGCUUCCAAUUCUUUUUCAUUCCAGUUUUUAAGGCAUAAGGGGCCUGUUUAUACCUUAGCAUCCCUAUGUCGGUUAUUUUGAUUCUUCUACAGUCUUUUUUUUUAAAAUAAAAAAUAAAUAAAUUACAUAUCAUAUUAUGUUUUAUCAAACAUAAUCUUCAAUUCCUCAUUUUUUGUAUUCGAAUGAACUUUUCGUAGUUUUAAUAUGCUUAUAGUCAUAUUAAUUUGAGCUGAAUGCUAAUGGGAAAACUGUGAUUUUUAAACUAAAAGGACUUUAUAAAAUUAUAUGACAAUCAAUGCCAUUGUUUUUUCCCCUGUCAAGUUCAUCAAUGAUAUACUAUCAGAACUCUGUGUUUUAAAAACAUAAAACUUUUACGAUCCACUUGUAAAUAUAUUGUCCUCAUUUUUUGUGUGGAAAAAAUCUUCUAAUCAAACCUUGAAGAUAGUCUGAAAAGUGUACAUAGCUCAUGUGCAAUUAUUUUGAUUUAUAGAAAAAAAAAGAGAAAAAAUCAUGAAAGUUUAGAAGGCAAAAUAGCUGAGCAAUUUAACCUUCUUUUUUUAACUUUUCUUGUGAACGCCAACAUUUCAAAUAUGGAGGCAUUUUUUAGGAAAAGGAGGUAUGUAUAAGUAAAUCAUCCCUCAGUGUCUUGGCAACUUUUCUGUCAUUUGUACUUGUUUUGGUUUUAUAAUAAUAUAUUUUAUUGUACGCUUAUUGGAGGGGAAAAAGAAGAAAAAAGUAAAAGGGAGGGCUGCAUAUAAGUGCUCCUCGCAAAAGUAGGUGGUUGUAAGGGAGAGAAGAUAGUGUUGCCCUCAGACGCUGCAUAAUGAGAAGAGGGUAGUCAAUUGAUAUUCCGACACCUAGCGAACAAGCAGAGACUCAAUCUGUCCAACUGAAAGGGUGAGUCUCAAGCCUCAGAAGAUUUUUACUCAAACUCCUGCAUUUCAAAUGCCCUAAUGAUUACCUUGUAGGAGGAGUGAAUAUUUUUAGUUGCCAAGUUCAGAACCCUUUAAUCCCAACUGACAUGGUGUAGCACUUUUGGGGUCACCCUGUAUUAGCAUACUUAAAAUUUCACUUACAGUCUGAGCCUGACAUGAGUUUAGAAUCCAAUUUACUAAAACAUAGUUUCGGAAUGGCUUCAUUCUUCAAACUUUUGAUGUUUUUCCUUGAAAUGAAAAAUAUCACAGUAUUCCUUUCAACUAAAGAAUGCCUCAGUUGUAUUUUGUCUUGUUUAUCAGUACAUAUUACUGCAUUAUUUGGCAAAAUGAUGCAGUAUUAAAUUUUAAGACUCUAAAAAAGAUUUUGAAGUUAGUUUUUAAAGUAAAGUAGGACCAAAAAUAUAGCAUUGCGGAACGGUGCAAUAUUAAGAGACUUUGACUGUAUCAGUUUCAAAGACAAGAAAAGUGUGUAUUUACAUGAUCACUUUACUAAAAUCUACAGGCAAUCGCUAUUUUGAAGGAACAUCCAUCCUCAGGUCCUCAAUGCUUCUUCAAUUUCUUUCGAUCAGAUCCCAUUGUAGUGUAUUUUUAAUGAGCCAGUCGAAAUCACCACUAAACUGUUUUCAAUCAAUGUGCCUCGAGUAGGUUAUCUGUCAACUUUUUUUUUUUUUUUUUGACAUUCUUGUCGAAAAUUGUAAAUGCUGUGCCAUUUUUAAUUUUAGGAUUGCAUAAAACUUAUGCAUUCUCAUCAGUUUUUUUUAUAGUUAAAAAAAAAUCAUGAAAUUAAUUUAUUUUUUGUUCAAUAUCUCUAUUUUUGUACUGAUCAAAUACAAAACCAACUUACUGGCAAAAUCAUCUUGAUUCUGCUUUUAGAAAUGUAUCAUGAAUAUUUUAUUUUUAUUUAUCUUGAAGAUUAUUCUAGGCUAUUAAUAAUUUUCUAGAAUUCGAGUUGUAGCUAAGGUUUAAUUUUGUAUUCUUAUAAACGUCUAAGACUGCCCUUGUAUUGGUUUCUUCCCUGAGAAAAAUUUUCAUUUCUUAAAAUCAGUGAAAGCUUUUUUUAAAUGUCGAAAAAAUAUUUGUUAAAUAUCUAACUCCCACCUCAUCAUUAUGUUUCAAUUUAAUUUAUCACCUUAGUUCCCUACCCUUCUCUACAAUUGCUCAAAUAUUAUUCUUUCAUCUCUAUAACUGAACUUCCAAAGUAUGCAUCAAUCAUCAAAAAUGUAAUGUAAAAUCAAAUUCUUUUUAUACCUGCACUACUUGUGUUCUUCUAAUUUCAAUUUACUCCAAAAUUUUAAUUUUUAUUAAAUUCCCUGGGAAAAAAUUGUUCAUGGAAAAAGUUUUAUUAUCACUGAAUGCUUAUAAUUUCUGGUUUGCCUUCAUUUGCAUCUUACAGUAAACAAUAAAAAAAAAAAAUUCAACCUGUAAUUGAACAUUUCACUGUUUUAAGAAUUAACUCUUUAAUCCAUUCCAUAUUUUUUUUUCUUUUUUUCUAUUUCGUUUUAUUGAAUUGAUGUUGUGUCUCUUUGUAUUCAUUUUCUUCAAUGCAGUGCACGUGAGAAGAUUUGUCCAUGAAAAAUUAUCUGCUUCAUCAUUUUGUGCAAAUUUGUAAGAACUAUUUGCUCAUGAAUUUUAUAAAUGAUAUGUAGUCUGAUCUCAAAUUUCAAUUUUUUCUCAUCAUUUUGUGAUUAGAAAUCUCUUUUUCUUUUCCUCUUUUUUAAAUCUCCUUUUUUGAGUGUUAAAAAUAGAAUUUGUAUAAAAAAACUGCCACCUAGAUUUUUAAUUAAUUAUGACUAAAAGGAUUAAGGAGAAUUAGCUGAGACUGAAUUUUUUGGAUUUUAUUUUAUCUUGAUCUCAUAUUAUCCUGUUCGACGCACCCCCGACUGCAAAAUGUACAUUUCCAAUGAUCCUACUCUUACUUGUGAAAGUAAUUUUCCUUCGUAAUUAGUUUUAUAAGUAAUUUUUGUCUCUAACAUAUAGAUGCUUCAUUUUGUAAGCUAUUUAUUGUAAUCAAAAUUUUACCCAACUUUUUUGGUGAUCUUCUUAAUGAAGGUUUUUUUAAACAAUCAAUUUAGAAUCUAUUUUUGUAUUUUUUAUUUCUCUUCUCUUCAUCAUAAUAUUUUGUACUUUAAUCCUCUAUUUUCACAUCAAAAGUCGUAUUAAUUUUUAUCUUUGGUUCAAGUAUAUUUCUAAAACAUUUGAACUUGUAAAUAAAUGAAAGGAUGUAUAUUUUUGCAAAAGCUUGCUCAAAUAAUAUUUAAAAUCAGAAAUUGUUUGUCUAAAAAUUUUUGUAUGUACAAAACUUUCCCUCUCUCUGCAAGCCUUGAAGAAAAGUUAGUUAGCCUUUUUUUUGUAAACCACUAUGUUCUUCAAUGCAAGGAAAAGAGUCUUUACUAAUUUUUUCUUCUGCUCCUGAAAAUUAUUGCGUUCUUUUUGAGACUGAAGCAAACAACUCGGAGAAAUCAUGUGAAGAAUAAGCAAUGUCAGUAAAGUUUCUUUACCCUACAUUUUUUUAUUUUCUCAUAGUACCUAAUGAUAAAAAAAAAGGUUUUCCUGAAAUCAAAAUUGUAUCACCUCAAAAAUAACAUGCUUACUCAAACAUACAAUUGUGGCAUUUCUGAAAGACUGAAUAUGUUUUUCCUUCUUUCCUUUGUAUUUUAUUUUGUCAAUAUUCCUUGCAUUUUUGUAUCAAGGAAAAUAAGAUUUGUGCAAAUAAGCUUUUAAUCAAGAGAAAAAUAGAGCAAGUUCAAUAAUUAUUAUUAUUUUCAUUUUUACUUAUUGGAAGCUACAUUUGAUAGAGCUUGUACAAGAAAAUUUAAGACAUUUUUGUGUUUAAAUCACCGGUCAAAAUCUAACUUGAUGCCAAAGUUUUCUACCCUUGAUGGUUUGUAAGCUCUUCAAUAUCACUAAUUAGAUGUAUGCACUAGUGUACACUCCUUUGGUAUUACUAUUAUUUCAGUAAUGAAAUUAAUUGCUGAAUUUUCAGUGGCAAUUAAGCGCAGGCCUGUUGUAAAAUCAUUGGGCUUACUAGUUUUUUUAGUUUUUAUUUUUAAUACGCACAAUUGCAUAUCAUGUCCUGAUAAUGAUUUUGUUUGCAGUAUUUUUCAUCAGGAGCUAUAAAUGAAAUGAGCAUGGUGCCUUAGGUAAAUUCUUUUAUCACAAAACUGAACAAGCUUUAAGCGCUGUCAACAAGAGCAGAAUAGAAUUGAAGUUCUGAUUUUUAAUUUAAAAAAUCCUCUUUGCUUAUUCCAUUUUUAGUACAACUGGAAGAAAUCCGCAUUUUAAAAAUUUACUGUGAUAUGAUAGAUGUAUUUAUCUAUCUUAUUAUUUGAAUGAUCAUGCAUCCUCUUCUAAUAUUUUUAUUGUAGGGUCUCAUUUUAUAACAUCAUGAACUAACAUUUUACCCUAAUCUCGGUUAUCAUAAUGAGGAUUUAUCUAAAAAUGUUUGAGUGUUUUCACUUUUAAUCUGUUACCUUUCUUUUCCUUGCAGUUUUAGCUUUUGAUGACUGGAAUCAUUGUCCAGGUCAUCCCAAUAUCCUGAUUUAAAAAGAAAAAAAAUAAUAAGUAUUUUUUUCAUUCAUUAUAUCAGUGUUCUUUUCUAGUCAGUCAAUCUUUCACAUUAUUUAUGGUUACUCAAUUUUUUUUUAUCCUAUGCUUUGUGCUCCUUCCUCUCUCUCUUUCUCUCUCUCUCUCUCUCUCCCUUUCUCUGAUGAGGUUUUCAUUUAACUUCGGCAUUUUAUUUGUAGGUAACUGUGUAUCUUAUUUUUUACUCCAGUAAUUUUCUAUGAUUAAUUUCAGUUAGUCUGUACGUUAAGCCAUCAUUUCAUGAAUAGAUUUUGUGUGUUUCACCGGAAUGACAGUUUUAUUUUUAUAUACUCUUGUAUUCAUAAAUAAAGUUUUUAUUUUCUUCAACAA